UCACCAUACAAUCCUUUUCCCAGCCAACGUCUCAUAACCAGCAUUCCUCAUACAAACUACCUGCCCGCAUAGACAACCACGCAUAUAUCUCAUACACAAUGCCCAAGGUUUCUACCAAAGACUCCAAGAAAUCCACCGCUUCCGACGCUAAGAAGCGCACCAAGAAGGACCCUAACAAGCCCAAGCGUGCUCUUUCCGCCUACAUGUUCUUCGUCCAGGACUACCGAGAACGUAUCAAGACCGAGAACCCCGAGGCUACUUUCGGUGAUGUCGGCAAGCUUUUGGGUAUCAAGUGGAGGGAGAUGAACGAGAACGAGAAGAAGCCCUACGAAGCCAAGGCCAAGGCUGACAAGGAGCGUGCUGACCGAGAGAACGCCGACUACAAGGCCGAGGGAAAGGCUUCUAAGAAGGCGGCCAAGGCUGAUGAGGAGAGCGACGACGACGAGUAAAACUGCUUUUCCAGUUGUCGACCGUUUACCUUUCUUUGUCUGCCGGUGCUCUCUGUCUAUAGUUGUCCUUGCUGUAAAUAUUUAAAUCUCUCUUUUCCAACCUUUGUUUCGUCUUUUCGUCUUACAGAGGAGGUCGUUGAGGGCUUUAUUUUCGUUCUCUUUCUCUUCGCCCGUUAUUUCGGUUGUUUGAUAAAUUUGAAACGCUGUUCUUUCGUUAUUUCGAUUAUUUAUUCUUCCUGUUUGCGUGUACGAGUACCGGUGCAUUUUCGAAUGAAAUCCGCCAGCGUCUCAUCGGUUCACAGGUGAUAUUACUUAUUUGCUUUCGUUUUGCUCUUUCGCCUUCUUAUUCGAUGGAUGAUGAACAUGCAGAGAUGUGUUAGCU